AUGGCCAUCGAGCACGCGGAUUUCGAGGGGGUAGAGAGGCUGGCGCAGGUUUUGGGAGGAGAGAUAGUAUCGACGUUCGACACGCCCGAUAAGGUAAAACUAGGCCAGUGCGAUCUGAUAGAGCAGGUGAUGAUUGGAGAGGAUAGAUUUCUGAGAUUCUCGGGGGUGCCGUUGGGCGAGGCAUGUUCGAUCGUGAUACGCGGUUCAACGCAGCAGAUUUUGGAUGAGGCAGAGCGGUCGAUUCAUGAUGCGUUGUGUGUGCUGAUGACACACAUCAAGGACUCGAAGACGAUUCCCGGGGCUGGGGCUGGGGAGAUGCUGAUGAGUGGAGCGGUGACGAUGGGUAGUCAGAAGGUAGCUGGCAAGGAGGCCAUAGCAGUGGAGGCGUUCGGC